AUGAAUGCAUGGCUGGGUUUUACUAACAGACGUAAUGUCCAAACACCAGAGAUUAUACAGGAAUUAUGCGGACAACGGAUCCGACAGUUCAUCAAUGGCUCGGACUUUGUGUUGGCUAUGAAUGAGGACAACCAUGUGUUCAGUUGGGGAAGCAAUGAUUGGGGACAGUUAGGCAGGGAUCAGGAAACACGUCAAGUAUGGAAAAUUCCUCAGAAGAUUUUCUAUUUAAAUGACAAGAAUAUCAAACAAAUCAUUUGCUCAUUUAAUCACUCCCUGGCCCUCACCACCGAUGGUGAGGUGUACGGGUGGGGCAGCAAUAGGUGGGGACAAUUAGGCUGCGGAACUAAUUCACAAGAAAAUCUUUACGAAAAUCAUUUCAUUGAGUUGUCGGAUAAGCCCAUAGGUUCGGGAGGUUUCGGAACAAAUUUCAUUUUAGAAUUUUCUGAUAUGACACAACUGUUUGGUGAAGUCAAGAAUUUAGUUAAAGUUCACUCAGAAUAUGUGAUCCAGUAUUUCAAUUCAUGGAUUGAAGGGAAUUCAUUAUAUAUUCAAAUGGAGUUCUGUUCACAGAAUUUAAGGAAUAUUCUCGAAAAGAAAGCAAAAGUAUUUUCGAGACGAUUAGGAAAAGCCAUGAAUUGUGUCGAGUAUUUCAUUUCGUGUGAAAUAUUCCGUCAGAUCUUAGAAAGUGUUCAGUAUUUGCAUGAAUUGAAUCCACAGAUCNAGAUCUUAGAAAGUGUUCAGUAUUUGCAUGAAUUGAAUCCACAGAUCAUUCACAGAGACCUCAAACCAGAAAAUAUAUUAAUCACUGAAAAUGUAAGGAACGGUAGAUUUGUUAAGUUAUGUGACUUUGGUUUGGCUACAGUUCACGACAAAGACACAAAUUAUAUUACACGUAAUAAACACACAACAGGUGUGGGCACUAUAAAGUACCAAGCACCCGAAAUAUCUCAGGGAAGCAACUAUGGGCUUAAAUUCUGA